AUGUCAUUUAGCUUUACGAAUACCGAGAACAAUACAUCCUUCGACAAACAAUCUAAAAUAUGGAGAGGAUUGCCGAUUGAACCAAUUUAUGGAUCUCAGGACAUGAUUGGAUCGGUAGCCUUACACGCAUUGCUAGAACAUCCCGAUCAUAUUGGCCAGAUUUACCAUCAAAGUGGUAAACAGUUCAGAAAUAUAGAAAUCGCCAUCAAGGCCAUACAAAUUGCUCGACAUUUUCAAAGGCUUCAACUGAAGCAAUGCGACAUUAUUGGACUGUGUGCUGCCAAUACAGAAUAUGUGGCUCCUCUAUUCUUUGGAGCCAUGACUGCUGGACUCACCAUCAGCACUGUGGAUCCCAGUUACGAUAAGAGGGGAAUCGAGAUGAUCUACUCUUGCACCAUGCCUCGCAUGAUUUUUUGUGAUGGUGUUGAUUACCAACGAAUACGAGAAGCCUUUGAUAAGUGUGGACUGUCCUCGAGCCUGGUGGUUACUUUAAACGAUCAUAUGGAAGGUGUUGCCAGCAUUUUGGAGUUCUUUGAGGAGAAGGUUGAACCCGAAAAAUACAUAGUUCCUGUUUUAGAGAAGAGUGCUUAUCAGGUGGCUGUAAUUGUCUGCACUUCGGGAACCACUGGAUUUCCCAAGGCUGUGUGCAUAUCCCAUGCGGCACUAUUGGAUUUUUUUAAACCAACUGAUUUUUUGAACAGAAUAUUCCUCUGCUUCAGCUCUCUAUCGUGGGUGACAGGCAUAUUAACUGUUAUACACGGUACAAUUGGUCGUGCGACUCGCAUUAUAUCGGACAAAUCGUUCAACCCGAAAGACUUUUUUGAAAUUGUUAAACAACACAAAGUGGAUAUCUUCUUGGGGUCCCCAUCACAAUUGGCAAUGGCUUCAUCUUCGAAUGGCAUUGGGGAAAGUGAUCUCUCCAGUCUUGCCUACUUUCUUAUAGGCGGAGGUUCCAUAUCUCACGCCCUCAUCGACAAAUUUAAGAAAUAUGCUCCACAAACUAUUUUCUAUGGCGGCUAUGCCUCAAGUGAGACAUGUUACGCCAUAGCCUCAGGAGUGUGUGAAUCCAGUAAUGCAGUUGGUACGAUUGGACCAAAUGUUGAAAUAAAAAUCAUUGAUAAUGACAAUGGCAAACUUCUGGGCCCCAACGAGUUAGGGGAGAUAUGUGUUCGUUCAAGACUUCCCUGGGCAGGUUAUUAUAAAAAUCCACAAUGUACCCAGGCCAUAUAUGAUUCGGAAGGUUGGAUAUAUACUGGCGAUAAUGGCUACAUCAAUGAUGAAGGCAAAUUGUUUCUAAGCGAUCGUAAGGUUGAUAUUCGAAAAUUCGAUAACUUCCAUUUCUCUCCCAGCGACAUAGAGAAGGUCAUCAUCGAACUGCCUCAGCUGGUUGAUGUUUGCGUUGUGGGUAUACCCGAUGGUGUACAUGGCCAUUUGCCAGCUGCCGCUGUAAUAAAACGACCUAAUAGCAGCAUUGGCGAAGAGGAAAUCUAUCAGCAUGUGGUCAAUCGAAUGCAGAGUUUUGAACAUUUACGUGGUGGUAUUUACUUCUUCAAAAGCCUACCUCGAACAGUGACGGGAAAAACUUUACGCCGUCAAGUACUUGAAAUGUGUCUGGAAUUGAGCUACUCAAAAACUGCAUAG